AUGUCUUCGAUCCUUCAACUCUAUGUUGAGCUCCUCUUAAAUAUUCGUACCGUUACCCUCUUUGCUUCCUUGAAGUCUGAACAUACCGACACCACCAAAGCCGAGCUCUCUGCAGAUGGUGAGGCUAUCAGCUUGACCCAUGAAGGCGAAACAGCCACCAUCCGGCUACCAACAAGAAUUUCGGGCGGAGGCUCAGCUACACUCACCUUACCAGCGACCCCUUCAAAAGAUCUGACGUUACGCAUGCAGUUGCAGGAGAAAAGCCCGGGUCUAUUGAAACUCAAUGAGCGUUCGGAGAAUGCAACGCCAUGGUCCGCCGGUUUUCUCAGUGACGGCGAAGAUGGUGGCAUUUCCCGCUGGAUGGACCUACCCAACGAGAACUGGGCAGAAAUGAUGGACUUCUGGCACUGUCACAAGCCCGAUGAACACCAUCUGCCCGAUCACAAACACGAGGCAGGCCGCGACAAAGGUUAUGCAGCGGCGAACAAGCUUUUUGCUAAGGUUGGAGUCGGCUACGUGGAUCUAUCAUACAUUCUCUUAACAGAGGUUGACUGCUGCGGGGUGCAGCUUAACGAUAGAGAUAUAUCUCAUACCCACCAACAGCAACUAGUUUGCAAACAGUGCACUGCUACGGUCGGUGCUGUAGAUGAGCGAGCUGAAGGCUGGCGUCUAUUCAAGUGGAGCAUGGCCGUUACUGGCCAAAGCUCUGGUGUGAUGAAAAGCUACAGUAUGCCUAAAUGGAUAUCUGCUCAGCUUCUCACUCUCAUCGAGAACCAAGGGAUACGCAAAUUCACUGUCCGCUCUGAACCAAUCAGUGCUCUGCCAGCGACAACGCUUUGGGUUUUCAGUCCAGAUCUUAGCUUCUCGAGCUCCGUAGACACAGACGCAAGGGAAGAUCCUACUCGCGCCAUGAAGGUGCUUUGGCAGCCAGACCUCAAUCAGCCACAUUCAUCCGAAAGGACCUCGGGAUCGCAGGCGCUUGACAGCCAAAGCCUCUCCAUGGAAGAGUUGAGUCUGCCCAAGCCCGCUUUCGAAGCUUUGAUAGACACGCUCACUAAGAGCGCACAAUGGCUCCCCGCUUCCGCAAGGAAGUUCCAAGAUUGGAACGUUGGACUGUUAAAAAGAUUUGAAGAAAACGAAAUUGAUUGAAGAUCAUAUUUCAAUAACAAAGGCAAAUUGCUUAAUUUGCCAACAAAAAAGACGGCAUGGGGUAUAAUUAUGCGCUUUCCAACAAACAGACGAC